AUGGGUUGCACUGUGAGUGCUGAGGAUAAGGCUGCGGCGGAGAGGUCAAAGAUGAUUGACAAAAACCUCCGAGAAGAUGGAGAGAAAGCAGCAAGAGAGGUGAAAUUGCUUUUAUUAGGUGCUGGGGAGUCUGGAAAGAGCACCAUUGUAAAGCAAAUGAAGAUCAUCCACGAAGACGGCUACUCAGAAGAUGAGUGUAAGCAGUAUAGAGCAGUUGUUUACAGUAAUACGAUCCAGUCGAUCAUGGCCAUUGUUAAAGCCAUGGCCAGCCUCAAGAUAGACUACAGUGACCCUGCCAGAACGGACGAUGCCCAGCAGCUUUUUGCUCUCGCUGCAGCUGCGGAAGAGCAAGGCAUUCUUCCUGAAGACUUGGCCAACGUGAUCAGGCGGUUGUGGGCCGACAGUGGCAUACAGAGUUGCUUUACGAGGUCGCGAGAAUACCAGCUCAAUGACUCUGCAGCGUAUUACCUGAAUGAUCUGGAAAGGAUAGCAAAAGCAGAUUACAUCCCCACCCAGCAGGACGUGCUACGCACUCGGGUUAAGACAACCGGCAUCGUUGAGACUCACUUCACCUUCAAGGAAUUGCACUUCAAAAUGUUUGAUGUGGGAGGCCAGCGGUCAGAGAGAAAGAAGUGGAUUCACUGCUUUGAAGGAGUAACAGCCAUUAUCUUUUGUGUUGCACUGAGUGCAUAUGACCUGGUGCUGGCUGAGGAUGAAGAGAUGAACCGAAUGCAUGAGAGUAUGAAGCUUUUUGACUCCAUCUGCAACAACAAGUGGUUCACAGAAACCUCCAUCAUCCUCUUCCUCAACAAGAAGGACCUCUUCGAAGAGAAGAUUACUCACAGCCCUCUCACCAUCUGCUUCCCCGAAUACACAGGAGCCAACAAGUUUGAUGAAGCUGCCAGUUACAUCCAGACCAAGUUUGAGGACCUGAACAAGAAAAAGGACACCAAGGAGAUCUACACCCACUUCACUUGUGCCACUGACACCAAGAACGUUCAGUUUGUCUUCGAUGCUGUCACUGAUGUUAUUAUUAAGAAUAACCUGAAAGACUGUGGUCUUUUCUAAAGGACAGCACCCAUCACAAACUGCAUGAGAGACUGGAAUAGCCAUGUGACGAUUCCUGCUUUUCAUAAUGAAAACCAUGAUGUGUUCAUUUUUGUUUUUGAAAGAGGAACUUGUCAGAACUUCUGCAAUCACUGCUCCACAUUCACCUUCAUCCACAUUUCUCUUUGUAGGGAGUUUUUUUAUUCAUAAUAAACAAACACAUAUUUGGUCCUAAAACACAAUUUAUAUCGUAAUUUUAAACUGCAACACUUUAAUAAGAUCUAUAACAACAUAUUAUCUUUGUAGCUUUUGUUUGAAAUGCAAAACAUGACAUGUUAUCACAGCACAAUGGUGGUGGAAAUAGAGGAGAUUUUGAAAGAGUUUAAUCAUUAAUUGACCAUUUUAAUGCCACAUGCUCUGAUGGUUUCAUUUCAUUUUUCACUCAUUUUGUCUUGAUAUUGGCUGACAAAAAGGAAACAAAACAAAAAACUUUUUUUAAAAGUAAAAAAAGCACAUAAACUUCUGUUAACAUUCAUUUUAAGACCCUUAUAACUGCACAGAGAUUAUUUUUUAGAAGAAAACUAAGCAUGGAAACAGAAACUGGAUGAAGGAUAAAUGUUAUUUUGUACACUGUUUACACAGAGUCAAUAUUCACACAUGUAUAGUGGAUCAUUCUGCAUGACCCUCCAUAGAUUAUUAGCCUGUAAUCUCCCCCCAUAAACUGAUUAACAACCCCAUAGCAUCAUGUUUAAAAAAAAAAAAAGCAGAAAUGGUGAAUGUGUCACUUUUAAGGUAUAUGUAAGACUUUUAAAUGGUUAUGUCUGUUCCCAACAAGGAUUGUUCUGUCGGUCUUUUCAUUCCAAGUCUUUUUAAACAUAUGUUUGUGCCUUGAUAUCUGUUUACACUUGUUCUUUAGAGACAUGCCAUCUCCAGUGUGUGAAUUAGGGCUAUUUUUAUUCCACCCAAGUUCACAGGAUCUGAGAUUUAUGAUGCAACACCACACAAAGACAAAUGGAUGAUCGUUGUUCAUUAAUAUUAUUCUCUUGUUAAAUGUAAAUAAAGUUUGACCACGUUAA